AUGGAAGGAAAAGAGCUACAAUAUGAUGAAGAAACAGUAUAUUCUCAAUUUUACGAUAUAAAGCAUGACUGUCAGCUGACCGGCUGUUUGAAUGCGGGCUCAUGGGAGUUCAUUGAAGUGUCCAAACUGUUCAAACGCAAGUGUAAGGAUGCCUGGAGUGGGAACUAUUGCGCAGUGUGUCCAGUACCCCUGGGUAUGGAAGACCGCACAAUUCUUGACUCGCAGAUAAGCGCCUCAUCAGUUUUUGCCGGGAAUUACGCUGCCCAACAGGCCAGGUUACACUUUAAAGCUGGCGGAGGGAAGACUGGGGGCUGGUCAGCUAAAACGAAUGAUGACAAUCAGUGGCUGCAGGUGGAUCUUCAACAAACGACAAGAAUAACACGAAUAGCGACACAAGGAAGAAACGGAUAUACUCCUGGACAGUGGGUUACACAAUACAAGCUGCAGUAUGGCGAAUGGAGAUCAUUCAUAUACGGUGUGGUUCAAUAG